ACCACGCUUCGCUACAUUAUUGCGUGAUUUAGCCUGUAUGGGAGGAAAGUGAAGAAAACAGAACAUUAAAAUGCAUAGGCAAAGUGGUCUGACGGCAGCGGAAGGAUUUACUUGUAAUCCUUAAAAAUACGUUGUGCCAACGAAGAAUGUCAGGGACAUCAAAUGUAGAAUCUGCUGAAGGAGUAGUCUCCAAAGUUAAAGUCAAAAAGCAGAUCAAGACUAUCGUGAAGGAUUUGGAGACCAUACUGGGAGACUUGAGGGAUGUAGCCAAGGAACUCAAAGAGGUUGUGCAUGAGAUCGACUCCCUCACGUGUGACCUACAGCUGGAGGAGGAGAUGACAGACAGUUCCAAGACAGACACCCUGAACAGCAGCUCUAGCAGCACCACCACCACCACCACAGCCUCCAGCAUCGACAAGAUCAAGAUCGCCAUCUUUAGGCCCCCAUCUGUCAGCCACGCCAUCCUGACCGUGAUGAAGAAGCCCCACCCUCCGCUGCCCCCUCCCAGGCUGACACCUAUCAAAGCAGAGGAGCACAACAAGAACCCACUAUCAGGGAGCCUACUAGCCAAGGCUAACGGGACUCUUAUGCGUAAUGGUGUUUUCCCAGGGAAGCCAAACAGAGACUUAUCGUGUUGCAUCUCCAAUAGUACAAAGGAAGAGAGAGGACGUAUGCCUAUGCCUUUGCUACGGCAUGAAAAGACCAAAUGCCCCCAGGCAACCCGGGAGAGGGUCCGAUUCAGUGAAAAGGUCCAGUAUCACGGGUACUGCCCUGACUGUGACCUGCAAUAUGACGUUGACAACACAGAUAUGCCCUUACAGACAGAAUGUACUGAUGACAUGAGCCCUGUCCAUCAGUGUUCCUCCUCCUCACCACCAUCCCAGCUCACGUUAGAAAAUGGCGGUCUAAGUGUCAGCCAUAGUUUCCCUCCUACAAAACUGCCUUGUGUGCCUCAUUCUAACCCUUCCCUGAAACCACAGAAAACCAUCCUUCGAAAAUCAACCACCACAACGGUUUGAUGUUAAUCACCCUUAAUUUAAAUAUUUCUAAAUAAUUUAUAGUGUUUUCUAUUUCAUGAGCACUUUCUACUCCAGUCAAACGUGGAUUAUCUAAACGAUGAGGAAAAAAGAGCGCUAGAAGACGUGGCCUUGAGCUCAGAAAUGCACAAGGAGAGAAUGAACGGUGAGGUCCUUCUGGGUAAAAGUCGAAACAGCCUUUACUGACAUGAAACGGAUCAAUUUUGGUUCAUCAUACAGUCACUGAGAACGAGGCUCCCUACCGUUGACAGAAUACCAAAUCCUCUGAGCCAAGGCCAAAUAAUUCAUCCUCAUAGAGAAUUGUAAGACAUAGUAGCACAGUUUUAUUCAUGGGAUAAGCAUGGUAAAAGUUCAAAUGUAAUGCAAACAUAAGAUGAAAACAUUGCAUCCAAAUGUGACUGGUUCAUUUACAAUUGAAAUGGAGAUUCUAUGUAUAAUUAUAGGCAGUGGAAUUACUGAUGUCCCCAGCAUUCUGAGAACUCUUCAAGGGUGGGAAGUCUGCUUAUAGCAGACAUUCCUAUUGAAAGUGAGAAAGAGAGAAACAUAACCAUGUUCAUGUUACUUUCUUAUGACAUAAUUUGAACAAGAACAGACACACUCAGUUCAUAAUUGUAUGUGUUGGUUACAGGUUUUUGUGAAUUGUGGGAUAUUAGACAUAAACAGCCAGUAAAAUCUGCUGGACAAGAUGUGUUGAUCUGCAGUGACUGCUCUUAAUAUACAGGAACAUGAAAUACAUACAUGUGUCGUAUUGAAAAUCCAACAUACAAUAUGAGGCAAGUUAAAUGGCUAAAAUAUAGGUAUUGAGGAUGUUCACUAAUUUGUGUUCGGAAUGCUAUGUUGAGCGUAUAGAAACCUAUGUGUGAUCAAUGUCAUGCAAGUUGCUUGCAAAGAUAUGGCAUGCACUUAAAGCAAGAAUAACAUGCAUUACAUUUUAUUUGUAUAUAUUUAUAUAUUUAUAAAACCUUUCUAAAGAGAUUGUAACAUUUAAAAAGAGGAUAUUUUUUUUACUCCGUGGGAUGAAAGGCGUGUUUUAAAGAAGGCUGUCAUUCUUCUGAAAGUACAUGCGUUUCUGCAGGGCAUAUCUGGAUCAUUUAUUUAUAUAGUGAGACUAUAUAUAUAUA